AUGCACAGGUGCCCUAGGAAAGUGCAAGGUUCUACUAAAGUACAAAUUUACCAGACUCGGCCUCUGUCUGACCCUACAGUGGAAGUGCAGAUCUUGGUAGGCCUGUGCUGUCCUGAUCUCUGUCAUUUGACCUCUGAUCACCUAGUAGGGGAGCUGCAACUCUCCAGAGGCCCAGCUGUAUUGUCCGAACUACUGAAGGCCUUUGGGCAGGCCUCGCAAUCAGGAGCACCAGUGGGAGACUGCUUGCAGGUUCUUUUUCCUCUGAUUCAGCUGGAAGGAGCUGUGACGAAGACCACAAGUCACACCAUGGAUGCAGUGACCUAUGAUGAUGUGCAUGUGAGCUUCACUCGGGAAGAGUGGGCUUUGCUGGAUCCUUCCCAGAAGACUCUCUACAAAGACGUGAUGCUGGAGACCUACAGGAACCUCACUGCUAUAGGCUAUAACUGGGAAAGCCACAAUAUUGAAGAACACUAUCGAAGUUCUAGAAGACAUAGAAGGCAUGAAAGAAGUCAUAUUGAAGAGAAACCUUCUGAAGUUAUUCCAUGUGGCGAAAGAUGUGUUCUCCGAAUACAUAAAAGAACGCACACUGGAAAGAAACCUUACAAAUGUAAUCAGUGUGGUAAAGCCUUUGCGUGUCAGAGUUUUCUCCUAAUUCAUAAAAGAACACAUACUGAUAAGAAGCACUAUAAAUGUAAUCAAUGUGGGAAAGCCUUUGCAUGUCACAGUGCCCUUAAAAGGCAUGAAAGGUUUCAUAGUGGAGAAAAACCCUACAAAUGUAGUCAGUGCGGCAAAGCCUUUGCACGUCAAAGUCGUCUUAGAGGGCACAAAAAAACACAUAUCGGAGAGAAACCACAUGAAUGUGAACAAUGUGGGAAGGUCUUUCCAUAUCACAACGAUCUUGUAAUGCAUAAAAGAACACAUACUAGAGAGAAACCUUACAAAUGUAAUCAGUGUGAGAAAGCCUUUACAAGUUACCAUUAUUUUCAAAUGCACAAAAGAACACAUACUGGAGAGAAACCCUAUGAAUGUAAUCAGUGUAGUAAAGUCUUUGCAUCUAACAGUAGUCUCCAACAACAUAAAAGAACACAUACUGGUGAGAAACCCCAUGAAUGUGAACAGUGUGAUAAAGCCUUUGAACAUCUCAGUACUUUCCUAAGACAUAAAAGAACACAUACUGGAUGUAGUCACUGUGAUAAAGCUUUUGCAAGUUACAGUCAUCUUCAAACUCAUGAAAGAAUUCAUAGUGGAAAGAAACCUUUUACAUGUAAUAAAUGUUAUAAAUCCUUUGCAUGUCAGAGUAAUCUCCUAGUUCAUAAAAGAUCACAUACUGGAGAGAAACCCUAUACAUGUAAUCAAUGUGGGAAAGACUUUAAACAACACAGUAGUUUCCUAAUACAUAAAAGAACACAUACCGGAGAAAAACCCUAUGAAUGUAACCAAUGUGGUAAAGUCUUUGCAUGUAACAGUAGUCUCCAACAACGUAAAAAAACACAUCCUGGAGAGAAACCCCAUGAAUGCAAACAAUGUGGCAAUGCCUUUGCAAAUCGCAGUGGUCUCCGAAGACAUAAAAGAACACAUACUCAAGAGAAACUUUACACAUGUAAUUGUGGAAAAGCCUUUGUAUGUCAGAGUUAUCUCCUAAUUCAUAAAAGAACACACACCGGUGAGAAACCAUAUGAGUGUAAUCAAUGUGGGAAAGCCUUUGCAUAUUACAGUAGUUUUCAAAGGCAUGGAAGAAUUCAUACUAUGGAGAAACCUUACAAAUGUAAUCAUUGUGAUAAAGCCUUUGCAUAUCAGAGUUCUCUCCUAAUUCAUAAAAGAAGACAUAUUGGACAAAAACCCUAUAAAUGUAGUCAAUGUGGUAAAGCCUUUGCAUGUCAAAGUGAUGUUAAAAGGCAUGAAAGAAUUCAUGCUUUAGAUAAACCCUAUAAAUGUAAUCAGUGUACAAAAGGCUUUUCAUGUCAUAGUAAUCUUCAAGCGCAUGAAAGAAUUCCUACUGGAGAGAAACCCUACAAAUGUAAUCAAUGUGGGAAAGCCUUUGCAUGUCACAGUGCUGUUAAAAGGCAUGAAAGAAUUCAUACAAUAUAGAAACCUUACAAAUGUAAGUCAAUGUGAUAAAAUGUGGUGAUAAAUAAAGUAAAACUUUUAUA